GUGCUUCAUGAGUUUGUCCGCCCUUUUGAUUUCCAGAAUUUGACUUUGGAUAGCGCUCUUCGCCUUUUUCUAGAUACCUUCCGGUUGCCUGGUGAAUCUCAGAAGAUUCAGAGGGUACUCGAGGCUUUCUCAGAGCGAUACUUUGAACAAUCACCAGAGAUUCUUGUUGACAAGGAUGCUGCCCUUGUGCUGGCUUAUUCACUUAUAAUGCUCAAUACUGACCAACAUAAUGCCCAGGUUAAGAAGAAGAUGACUGAGGAGGAUUUUAUACGGAAUAAUCGUCGCAUUAAUGGUGGAAAUGAUCUUCCAAGGGAGUUUUUAUCAGAACUCUAUCACUCAAUAUGCAGGAAUGAGAUAAGGACAAUUCCUGAACAGGUUUCUGGUUUUUCAGAAAUGUAUCACAGCCGUUGGAUUAAUCUUAUCCGAAAGUCCAAGAAGAUGUCUCCUUAUAUUGUUUGUGAUUCCCGUCCUCUCCUUGAUCUUCAAAUGUUUACAAUCAUGUCAGGUCCCACUGUUGCUGCUAUCUCAGUAGUUUUUGAUAAUGCAGAACAUGAAGAAAUUCUUUUGACAUGUAUAGAUGGCUUCUUGACUGUGGCAAAGAUCUCAGCACACUACCAUCUAGAAGAUGCUUUAGAUGAUUUAGUAGUGUCCCUAUGCAAAUUCACAACCCUCUUGGACUCAUCUUUCUUUGAGGAACCAGUGACCAUAUUUGCAGAUGACAUGAAAGCUAGAUUAGCGCUUGAGACAGUUUUCAGUAUAGCAAAUUCAUAUGGAGACUGCAUACGUAAUGGCUGGAGAAAUAUCCUUGAUUGCAUACUAAGAUUGCACAAAUUGGGUCUUCUUCCUGCUUGCAUUACCAGUGAUGCCGCUGACGAUUCUGAAACUUCUCUAGAUUUAGUCUAUGGAAAGCUUGUUCCUAACUCACUUUCUACCUCUCAAGUUCAAAUGGUCACUCCCCGUAAAUCCUCUGGGUUGAUGGGGAGAUUUACCCAGCUGUUAUCUUUUGACAUUGAAGAUAAAAGGUUGGAACCAGAUGAACAGCAGCUUGCUGCUCAUCAGAGGACACUGCAGAUAAUAGAGGAGUGUCACAUUGACAGUAUAUUCAUGGAAAGCAAGUUUUUACAUGCUGAUUCACUAAUGCAGAUUGCUAGGGCCCUUACUGUAGCCGGUCAUCCUCAGAAAGUUACCAAUUCACCUGAUGAUGAAGAAACUGCAGUUUUUUGCUUGGAGCUACUUAUUGCUAUCACAUUAAACAAUCGAGAUAGAAUUGGACUCCUCUGGCAAGGUGUAUAUGAGCACAUAGCCAAUAUAGUUCAGUCUACUGCAGUACCUUGUGCUCUUGUGGAAAAGGCAGUUUUUGGACUCCUAAGAAUUUGCCAGAGGUUACUACCUUACAAGGAGAACCUGGUUGAUGAGCUUUUAAGAUCACUGCAGUUGGUUUUAAAGCUUGAUGCACGUGUUGCAGAUGCUUAUUGUGAGAAUAUUACUCAGGAAAUCGCACGGCUUGUGAAGGCUAAUGCAACCCAUAUGAAAUCUCAGGUUGGUUGGCGGACCAUAAUUUCACUGCUUUCUAUCACAGCUCGCCACCCAGAAGCUUCAGAAGUGGGUUUUGAAGCACUUUUGUUCAUUAUGUCUGAAGGAGCUCACAUUUCACCGGCCAACUAUAUCCUUUUGAUUGAAGCUUCACGUCAUUUUGCAGAAUCUCGUGUUGGACUAACAGAUAGAUCAGUACGAGCAAUAGAUCUAAUGGCAGAAUCCUUUAAUUGUCUUUUUUGCUGGUCUCGUGAGACUAGGGAUGCUGGUGAGGAAGCUGAUAAAAUUUCAGACGGAAUUAGAGAGAUGUGGGAAAGGCUUAUCCAAGCACUGAGAAAGAUCUGCCUGGAUCAGAGAGAGAAAGUAAGGAAUCAUGCUUUGUUAUCUUUGCAGAAAUGCCUGGUAGGAGCAGAAGGAAUGUGCCUGUUACCCUCAACAUGGUUGUGGGCCUUUGAUCAAGUUAUAUUUACUGUGCUUGAUGAUUUACUGGAGAUUGUACAAAACCAGUCGCCAAAAGAUUACCGGAACAUGGAGGGCACACUUACGCAUGCCAUGAAGUUGCUAUCAAGAGUGUUUUUGCAGCUAGUUCAAGAGCUUUCUCAGCAAAGUAGUUUCUGCAAGCUGUGGCUAGGGGUCAUUGAGCGGAUGGAGAAGUACAUGAAAGUUAAGGUGAGAGGUAGGAAAAGUGAGAAACUACAAGAACUGAUUCCUGAACUUCUCAAGAACAUUCUGUUGAUCAUGAAAUCAAAGGGAAUCCUUUCAGAAAGGAGCACCACAGAUGAAGAUAACUUGUGGGAGUUGACAUGGCUUCAUAUAAACAAUAUUGCACCUCUAUUGCAGUCUGAAUUGUUACCUGUUCAGGAAAUGGAACAAUUACAUUCAGGUGUUCAGGCUGAUCUGAGUAGCCCUAGGCUAGUGGCUGAGCCCUCUGUUGGUUAGGCUGGAGUUGUUGCGAGGUCCUUCUGAUUCAUUUUAUUGUAAGAGGCAUAAAAAUUCUCUCAAAGGGGGCGCUCCUGUUUAUUUCUCACAUGUGGUGGUCAUCAACUUUUAGACACUUAUGGUGUCAUGUUCUUUUGGAUCAUUGAUUGCUUGAGUGAAGUCUCAUUGCGGGACGAUCAUAGCUGAGUCUUAAGCUGAAUUGGUUCUCUUUGACUACCAUGUAAAGUUUGGAGUUUGUUAAAGAUUUGGAUGAGCAAAGAGGUACUAAUGGAUUAAAGGCUAAAUUUUUCUUGCCAGUGACUCCCUCCAGAUGCAAUCUGUAAGAUCAUCUCUGCAUUCAUCUUUUUUUACGUCGCAUGCUUUUGUUUUCUCAAUGUCAAUAUACUUCUUAUAGAAUGUGAAUUAAAAUUAAUUUUUGGUAUUUCUGAUAUCAUUAUAUGUAAUACAGGCAAUUUGGCUCA